GAUCAUUAUGAGCAUAAAUUUUAUAUAUUUUCAUACACUCAAUACUCAUGCAUUAUUUAAUGCAACUUAGGAAAAAUCACGUGGUGGUGUUAUGGAAUCCCAUUGUUAUGGAAUUAAUUUCCAAAUUCCACAAUGUGAGUGCGUGCUUAGAAACCGCCGUCGCUUAGCAACCGGCAGUAAGUGAAUGACUGUAACUCAACACAGCUUGAACAUAUGCACGAUAAGAUGUUCACGAAUUGAGGAAAGAAAAUGUAUCAAUGUGCCGAGAUCUGCUUUCCACGAAAGAAAAGAGUUCCUGAAAGUUUUCACUCGAACACGUACAGGAUCUUUGAUGAGAAUGCACCUGAGAGACUGGAUUCCUUCAAAGUCUAUAAGGACCAUAUAUUUCCGAGUAGAAGCGCGGAGGAAAUUAAUCUGUAUAAGACGCAUAAUAACCCCCAGCCUCACAAUGUCAAGUUCAUAAGGACCAAUGUGAGGUGGCUAAAUGCACCUAUUUCACAUAUGGAAACAAAGAGCACCGAGGCUGAUCAGUCUCAUUGGUGGCCAAACGGAUGUGAUCAGGGCGUGACCCCCAAAGCCCCUUACAGUCGAGACAGCAUUCAGAGGAGGGACUUCCAGGCCCCCCCGCACAGCUCCACACGCUGCACCAGGGGGGGCUGUAACCCCCACACCAUGGCAGCCUCUGCCAUUGUUCCAUCGCUGGGUACUGUAGACGAGCAGAAGGUGCUGCAGGAGAGCAUGUCCUUCAUUCACCAGUAUAACUCCCGGAGACUGAAAGACCAGCCGUACCAGGGAAAGCGGCACGGAGCCUUUGUGUGGAGGGAGGUGCCGCCGCCGAAUCACUGGUCUCGCCCCGGGGGUCCCACAGGAGGAGGCGUGUUCCUGCGCUCCGAGCCGUCACAUUCGCCGGGGAGAGGAGGAAACGCCAUGACCUCACCGCAGCUGGGCCCGCACCCCGCCCCCAGGCUGCCGUGGGACAGCGACAGGGCUCUCCCUGCGAACGGGACGCCUCCCCAAACCUCGCCCAGCCAGCGCUUCAGGACGAGUGGUCCCCUGAGCGAGGGACCAUCGGCCAAGCAAGUCUCCUCAGAUCGGGCCUCAGGCGCAGCGGCACUGAAACAGCGGGACAGGGUCCGUAGUUUGGACACCUGCCCUGCUUCCCUGCCCACUCUCCGACAUGGGGGCAGAAACAGCCUUCCCUAAACCCCCCAGCACCCCGAAUCCAGCUAACAUCAACAUCUCGGGCCUUUAGCAGACACUAAUUCAGAGUGACUUGCGCAGCAUAGCAUUGUCCAUCAUGUACAUUUACACAGCGGGAUAUGCACUGAUGCAGCUCAGCUUAAGAAACUUGCUCAAGGAUGCAGGGGGCAAUGCCACACAUUAGGAUGGAACCUGCAAUCCCUGAGGUACAAAAACAGUUCCUGAACCACUAAACAACAUUAACCUUCCGCCUUACGCCAUUCGGCAUCUCUGUCCGAAACUGACUCCCCCUCCUGUCCUCACCAGCUGGGUUGUUUUCCUAUCGGAUCGAUUAUUCAGAUGGAAUGAUUCAGCAUUUUAACAGCACUCUUAUCUCCUUUGAGGAUGACCACAGUCUCCCCCCAGAUGCUCGAUUUCCCCCUUAAAUUAAAGUUAGUUAGAUUGGAUUCCACUACAAAUUCAGCAAUUCUUCAUCAUUCAGAAGAGGGAACUUAUCAUUGGUUUAUUAGCAGAGCACGUCCCCAGAGUAUGGCAGACUAAAAUCACAUCAGAGUAUCAAGCUGGUCAUGCUCACACUACCGUAUGGUUAUGAGCAGCCUGGACAUGCUCGUAGUAUUCUAAGUUUAUAAGCAACCUGGUCAGUGUAAGUUCAGGAGCAAACUGGUCAGGCUCAUAGUACCUUAAGGUUAUGAGCAGCCUGGUCAGUAUAAGCUCAUGAGCAGCCUGGUCAGGCUCAUAGUACCAUAAAGUUAUGAACAGCCUGGUCAGGCUCAUAGUACCAUAAAAUUAUGAACAGCCUGGUCAGGCUGAUAGUACCGUAAUGGUAUGAGCCUGACAAGUGAGUCCAGAAUGACUAUGCAAUUUGCUGUCUUUAAUUGAACUGGAGCCCUACUUCAAUUGAUAUGUUGUAAAACAGGGAUCCUUUAAAACAAUGGCUUCUGUUUAGCUGUUUUCUUUUUCAGGACUGAGAAACACAUUAAUAAAUGGUCAGAGUUAAAAAUGACAAAGUCUCUGCAGCAGGGUCAGCAAAGACAGGGAAUCAAAUGAACCUGGUGAGAAGUAAUCCAAAAACAAAAUGAAGGUCCAACAAAAUGAAUUCUGCUCUUUCAUCUGCAGUGCUUCAAUCUUAAUUUUCUGCUUGUUUCAAAAUUAAAAUGUAAGGAAACACCAUAAAUAUUAUUAUUUACUAUUUAUCUUGGUUGGAGUACCUUCUCCAGUUGUUUGGAAUUCUUGCAGUUAAAUAAACUGUUGAAGAAACA